AUGUCCUUCGCCCGUACCACAUUGAAAGCCUCUCGUGCAUUCACCAGUGCAUCUCUCCGUACCAGAUCCAGAACUCUAGUCACACUAAAAGACCACAAGUAUACGGCACAGGCUGUUGCUCAAGGUGCAGGGAGAAAUGGAGAAGUCACUUCCAAUGGACUUGACCUGAAGCUUGCUCUUCCCAAAGAAAUGGGCGGAACGGGCCAGGGCCAAAAUCCAGAACAACUAUUUGCAAUGGGCUACUCCGCUUGUCUCCUUGGCGCAAUCCAAGCUGUAGCCAAGAACCUGGGGAAAGCAGACAUGGCAAAGAAUGCCAAGGUUCAUGCUAGCGUUCACAUAGGCGAACCGGAAGGAAUGCCAGGAUUUGGAAUCGCUGUUGACAUGAAAGUGGAAGGAAUCGAUGAGGAAUUGCUCAAAGCAGGCCACGAGUUCUGCCCAUAUAGCCGGCUCAUGAGGAAUGGUGGUGUUGUUAAUGUAUCGCUAGCUUAG